AUGCUAUCAAAUUUACAAAUUCUCACAUCAUUUUGCUUUUUAUAUAUCUCUGUGGCUCGACCAACUGAAGACGCUCAAAUAAUUGAACAAAAUGUGACAGUUCCAGAAAUUUUAGAUCCAAAGGGAAGAGAUCACGAGAAAGCUUUCCAAAGAACGAUCUCCGUUGUCCAAUAUCGGAGUGCGUUUGGGAGAAUUGUUCUAUUGAUCUGUCAACGACCGUGCAAGUUAUUGAGAUCAUCGAUCCCACAAGUUGUUCGCGAUUACAAUGAAGAGAAAAGUUAUUCAUCAGAUGAUCUCAUUUAUUAUCAUUACCAUUAUCUUCGUCAAUCACCGCUUCCAUUCUACAAUAUGACUUCAACAAGCAAAGAACCGAUCAUUCUCUAUAUUUCGGCGGGAAAUGUUAAAGAAUUUCAUGGAGAGCUUAGCAAUAAAGUCGAAAUCACUUCUUGGCUUCAAAAAGUCGACAAAAUCGAUGUGUUUGUGCCAAAAACGAGCCAAGAAUUGGACAACUAUUUGACAGACGCUGAGAAUUGUGAAAAAUCAUAUCUGUUAAUUGUUCAUGAUUCACUAAAGUGCCCAUUUGACUAUUGGAUGAAUGUAGCAAGAGUCGUUUAUUCGGGAACUCAAGUACCAACAAUUCUCCUUGAGAGACCAAUGGAGAAUGCAGUUGAAGUGACUCUUUACCGUCGCCUUUUCUCACUUCCACAACAAUGCCUUAUCGUUUCACUUAUUCACAACAAUCAGUACACUCAACCAUUCACAGAAUUGGCUCCAGAUGCGAUUGUUGACACAGUUCGUGAUACGCUCGAGUACGCAACUUGCAAUCAUGAAGAGAACAAAGUGUUCACGAAAAGCGGAAUCCGAGCCUCUCUCACCGAUUUACAAAUGGAGUAUUUUGUGAGAGAAGUCGAUCUCAAGAAACUUGAACACAAAACCGCCUACAUUGCUGUGGGAUUGGCCGGAGGAAUUGCCGUCAUCGCACUGGCCAUCUCGAUCUUUUGGGGUCUUAACGGGUCCGCAUUCACUAGAGAA